AUGUUUGCCACAAAAAAUGUAUUCAACAGUGGCCACAGCAACAGCCAUGAUGGCAGUCAAAGCCGUAGCCGGAGUCAGAGCCACAGCCGUAGUUACAGAAGUCGUAGCCGCAGUCUUAGCUGUAGUCGUCGUAGUCGUAGUCUCAGCCGUAGUCGUAGUGUCAGCCGUAGUCGUAGUCGUAGUCGUAGUCGUAGUCGUAGUCGUAGUCGUAGUCGUAGUCGUAGUCGUAGUCGUAGUCGUAGUCGUAGUCGUAGUCGUAGUCGUAGUCGUAGUCGUAGUCGUAGUCGUAGUCGUACCCAGGUAGGAUCCCACAAGGGUGAACGGCCGUGCCAGGCUUGUUACAAGCUUGUGUUUCCUAGCCUUGGUGGACUAGAAUGUGCCUAG